CAAUUAUCAAUGGAUGAAAAGACUGACAUAAAUCAAAUGAAUGAAAUAACUAGCGAUUUCCUAUCACAAGCAAACAAGAAUCCUACUGAACAUACAGAUUCAACAUUCAAUCAAACCAUUGAUCAGAUUGAUGAAGCGUUAAUCAACAGUCCUGAUGAAACAUCAUGGCAAUCAUCCACAUCACCAUGUUCAUCCGAAUCAAUCGCAUCAUUUUCUUCAAAUAGUCAAAAUGAUUUGAAAAUUUUCUUAGAAAAUUCUACUAAUCAACGAUCAUUAUCAUCACCUGACAGAUUAUCUGAUUAUUUACCGAUCGAUGAUAAUCUACCGUCAACAAUGAUGAAUAUAUUGAGUAUACCGAAUCAUUUUGAAAAUACAUUGGAUUCAUUAGGUUUUAUGAAUUAUUAUGCCUCUAGUGAAUUGGAUUCACAAAUAAUCAAUCAAAAUCAAUUCAAUCAGUCAUCAUCAUCACCACUGCCUAGAUCAAUCGAUAAUUUCUCAUGUAUCUCUUCACCAAAUGAAUUAGAUCAUAAGUCAAUCGAUAGUACCGAUUUAGCAUGGAUGGAUACAUUAGAUGUUUCUGGUCUGGAUAUGGACGAUGUUGCACAAAUUUUUUCCACAGCGAAUUCAUUAAAAUCUACAUCAGAAGAAAUGCAGAAAUUUGAACAUUGUACAACAACAUCUUCAUCAUCUUCAUCAUCAUCACGUAAACAUCAUUCCAAUUUAAAAAAUAAUCAACGUUUACCAACAAUUGAAAAUUGUACAUUAAAACAAAAUUCAACAUUCAAUGAAAAUGUGGAUGAAAUUUUUUUUCCAAAUGAAAAGAAUAAUGAUGAACAUCAUUCAGAUAGUACAUUGACAUGUUCUGAAGCUGAAUACUAUAAUAAUUUAAUACGUUUAAAACGUUUAAGAAAACGUCGAAAAACUAAGCGAAAAUCUAAACAUCGAUCUUUUGUUGGGCAUGAUGAAUCUGAUUUAUCUUCCUGUGAUAUUGAUGAAGACGAUGAUAGGGAGGAGGAGGAGGAGGAGGAGAAGGCGGAGCCGGAAGCGGAAGCGGAAGAGGAGAAACUGAAUAGUCGAUUUGAAAAAAAAUACAAUUUACACAAUCGAACUAAAACUUCAUCUCAAAAUCAUUCACAUUCGUCGGAUGACAUCAAUGAAUGUAAAUCAUGGUGGCCUAAUCCUAUUACACGACGUAUGCAUAAAGAUUUUCAAUCAACUCUUUGGUCAACUAAUGAAUUAUUCGAUUGUCAAUAUAAACCUCUGAAUACUGAUCAAUUGUCAAUGUCAAUAUCAACAAAAAUGGAAGCGUUUCAUGAUACCACCGAUUCAAAUGAAUUCAAAACUAGUUGGGGGCAUAGAAUAAAAUGUAAAAAUUUACGUCGACAGAAAAUUUCACAACAUCCUCUACUCAUGUUGACUACUAAUUCAGAUAAACAACAACUACAACAGAAAAAUAAACCAAAAAUGGAAUUAUGGCAAUUUAUAUUGUAUCGUUUAGAAAAAAUGUCGAAACAUAGUGCAUUUCAAUGGGUUAACAAAACUAUUGGUGUAUUUCGUAUUGUAAAUACACAUUUGGCUGCACAAGAAUGGGGUCAUUAUCGUAAUAAUCAGCUGAUGGAUUAUGAAAAAAUGGCCAGAGCAAUGAGAUUCUAUUAUAAAGAUUCCAUAUUACGAAAAUCCCGCCAACAAUUACAUUUUCAAUUUGCUAUGCCAUAUGUAAAAUGGGCGGAAAAAUUUUAUCGUAAUUAUGAAUAGUGAAUGUUUUAUGCCCUGUUUCCUUUUUUUAUUUUUCUCCAAAAAAAAACAACACUUUAUUGUACAUUUUCAUCUUUUUUUUAUUCUUUUGUUUAUAAAUUUUGUUUAUAUUUUAUUGUGAAUAUUAUUUAUUUUCUG